AUGGGCGAGCACAUCAGCAUCGAGGACUUUACCCGCACACUACGCGGCGAGGUUACCGAGGCAGAGAGGCUGCUGAACGGACUGUUCGGUGGGGUGUGGCCGAUGGUCAGUAAGAAGAUCGAUAUAGAUCAGAUCGUUGAUAAUAUGACACGGCUCGGGGCAGGUCAGUCAUUCGCAAGUAACCCGAAGAACAAGUGGCUGGAGGCUGGGCCGGAAAAGGUGAUGCGGCUAAUGGAAGCAUCGAUAUGGGAUGCUGCUAGGGUCCGAUGGAAGCGACAGCGUGUCAAGAUGUGGCUUCGAGACUUGCGGCUACUGCGAGAGACGCUGCUCGUGCUUGUGCAUACGUGGGGUGGGCUUCCGGGCAGGGGACCGGAAGUUACGACGUUACGGCACUGCGAUUCGUGGCAGCUGAUCCGGAAUGUGUUUAUACUAGACGGGCAGGUCAUGAUUGUAACCGAUCGAGAUAAGAUGAAGGCCAUCCGCGAUAAUGGUCGGAAGGUAGCACGGUUCGUCCCCGACCGGAUUGGGCGGAUGAUUGUAGCAUAUAUCGCAUGGCUGCUUCCCACUGAGAGGGUACUACGGCGGGAAUGUCAGAUUGACGAGCCGCGUGGAGAGCAGCUUGAAUAUAUGUGGAGGGAUGGCAGCUCGUCGGUGUGGGAGACUGACCGGCUCAGCAAGAAGCUUGCUCGUGUUAUGCAGGCCGGGACAGGGGUCAGAUUAGGGGUAGGACGAUAUCGGGCGAUUGCAAUCGAGAUGGGGCGGAGGAUUCGAGGACUUGUGAUAAGGCAGCUAGAAGGUAAGAUGGAGGAGGAGGAUGAGGAUGAAAACGUCGAGAUCGAUCCGAUUACAGGUGAGCCGGUUGACUGUGGAGGAAGCUGGAAUAUCGUAUGGGAUCUGCAGUCGACACACGGAACACGGAUUGCAAGGCAGCACUAUGCCGUACAUAUCGGAUUCCCGGGUAAGCUGCAGCCGGAGAUGAUUGCGACGUUCAAGGAGAUCAGCAAGCUGUGGCAUCAGUUCUUAGAGAGUGCAGAAGAAGGAAAGGGGAAGAAAAGGCACCGAAACGCAAGCAGGGCAGUCAGACAGCAGCAGCAGCAGCAGCAGCAAUCAACUAACAGUCUGGCCCAAAUGACUAUAAGGAGCAGCAAGCGAAGCAAGAAGACUACUCAAGAGCAAGAGGAGGCACUGGCUCAGAAGAGGAAGAUAAGUGAGAAGAAAAAGAAGAAACUAGAGGACGAGAUGACGGAUGGGCUGCGAAAGCUACUUGGACCGAAGGCGACUUGGCGAUCCGAUAAGCAAGCCGAGAGCAUGCGAUCGAUCAUGGCACUCAAAGCAGAUCAGACGGCAAUCAGUGUACUACCGACAGGGGCCGGCAAGAGCAUACUAUUCAUGCUGCCGGCCGUAAUGGAGAAUACAGGGACAAGCAUUGUGGUCGUGCCGUUUGUUGCACUAAUGGACGACUUGGUUACAAGAGCAACAGAUAUGGGGGUGGACUGCAUCCGAUACAGAUCAUCGAUGAGUUCGGGACGAGAGGGCAUGCCGAGGGCAGCACGGUUAAUCGUCGUCAGCGCCGAUGUUGUGUCAAGUGCCGAGUUUUGCGGGUACGUUGAUGGGCUGUCAUGCACAGGGCUGCUGCAGCGGAUAUUCGUAGACGAAUGUCACACUGUGAUCAUGGAUAUCGGCUACCGUGCUAAGCUUGGCGAGCUCGUAGGGUUACGCCGGUUUGGCUGCCCAUUGGUGCUGCUCACAGCAACGCUGCCCGUUGUGCUAGAGGACUGGUUCCGCGGCGAGAUGCUGGCAAAGUCGGCAAUCAUAGUGCGGGAUCGGACGGUCAAGCUGAACUGCCGGUACGAGGUUCAGCAGGUCGAGCCCGGGCGUGGAGCUGUUGAGAAUCGCACGGUUGAGGUGAUCGAGCAGCUGGAUCAAGAGAUGACGGGCUGUCAGAAGGGGGUCAUAUACUGCCGAUCGAAGAGUCAAUGCGAGGCGAUCGCUGACGAGAUCGGGUGCGGGUUUCAUCACAGCGGCAUAAGCGAACAGGACUGUCACGAGGCGCGGACGACAUGGGCAGAGGGCCGUAACGCAAGCCGAUGGAUCGCUGCAACAACCGGGUUAGGGACAGGCAUCGACAUCGAGGGGAUCGUGGCCGUGGUUCACAUGGAGAAGCCGUACGGGCUCGUCGACUUUGUGCAGCAGAUUGGCCGAGGAGGGCGUCGGGCAGGCGAGGUGGUGCGGUCCGUCAUUAUACACGAUGGACGGCCGCAACGAGAGGAUCAGCAUCGGAGCUUUGUGGAUGAUGUCAAUCAAGCACAGAUGGAGGCAUUCGUGUUGACGCCGGGAUGUCGAAGGGCCGUGAUAUCGGCGUUUAUGGACGGGGCAGCCGGCGAAACGUGUGAGGAUGUAGAUGGGGCUACGCUUUGUGAUCGGUGUGAGCUGCUUCGACGGGAUGAUGACAGUAGUAAGGGUGCAGGUAGGGCCGAGGAGGAGGUGAUUGAAGGGGAAAGUGAUGGAGAGAGUGAGGAAGAGAGUGAGGGAGGCAGUGAGGGGGGAGUAUAA